AAAUCACCCGUUUUAUUCACACUCGAAAGUCGGAGCCCCAAUUACGGAGUACCCGCCAGAAAGCGCCGAAUUUGAAAUAAACCCUAGCAAUCUGAAACCCCUCAACAAUGGCGUUCACACUUACUCUCAUUAACUCUCCGGCCAAUUCAAUCUCACCGGAAACCAAUUCCGCAAUCAGAAAAUGUCCUUUGUUCAUCCGGAACUUACACUUCACACUUUACAGAAACCGUCGCCGUUCCAUUUCAUGCUCGGCGCAGCAGAAGCCGUUUAAGCCGAUGACGGAGGAAAAUAUUCUCGAGGCAGUAGCUGAUUUCGACGGAGAUGAGAAAUCUGUACCUUGUUUAAGAACUUAUGAGAACGAUAUAGCUCGACUUACAUUGGUUGGUGCUGUUGACUUCCAGCAGGCACUCACUGCUGCUGCGGCGGAUGGUGGUGAAGCUGCUGGUGAACAUAUUGCCGCUGGUAUGGAUGCGAUGGUUGUUGAAACAUUGUUUCCGGGACCUUCUGAUGAGCAUAGUACUAUUUCUACUAGACUGUUCUUACCAGCAAGAAAAGUUAUGGAGAAAGCUCAUAAGCUUAGAAGUACCAUAACUAAAGAGAUGCUUUCCGGCACGACGUCUACAAAUAUACUUGCUAUGACAUUUAGACAAGUAACGCUGCAACAUCUUUGGAACUUUGAUCUAGUACUUUUUAUACCAGGAACAGAAAGGAAUAUGGAUGAUCUUGAAACACCAAGAGAGCAGGUACCUCCAUCUUUUGCUAUCAAGUCAUCAGAUGAACGAGUCAUUUCUGUUAUUGCAGAAGUUAUUUGUCUUUCUGCUCUCGAAAGCACAAAAAAACAUUUCUUUAAUGGAACUCCUGGUGGAGCCCCAAAGAAGUUUUUCCGUUGGUUUGACACACAUAAAAGCAUUGUCUCAAAAGAUUCCUCUGUUACUCUAUACAACUUAAUGGAAUAUGAGAUAGUUGCAAAUGCCAAUGUUUUGCUCCAGAAAUUUUCUUCCGAAAGGGCGAAUUACAGACCAAGGGAGGGAAGAUGGAUGGGCAAUUGGUUAACUUCAACUACAUACUUCAAACUGGAACAAAUUGGAGGCCCUGAAUUUAUUUCUUGGCUGAGUGAGAGAGUACCUGCUUACAAAUUGCAGAUUGAUGCUGAGAAACUUGACAAUGUGAAGUUUGAAGGGUGGAAGGAAACAGCAACAAACACAUGGGAGGUUUUUCUGACUCACUCCCAAAUGGUUGGUCUGAGUGACGUUCUAGAUAUGUAUUAUGAAGAUGUCUAUACACUUCCCUACAAACAAUUAUCAUUGGGUGUUGUUGCAAAAUCUUUCAAUUCACCAUCUAGCAAGAGAAGCAUUUCUAUGUCAAAAGCAAUCUCUAUGGUCCUUGCAAGUGGAAUUUUUCUUGUUGCUAUAAGAAUUCUUGGUCAACGUUAUCUUCCUUAUCUCCCGAUUAGAAAGCACUAUCACCCGGGUGUUAAUCCAGUCAAUUCAUCUGACAUGAUCUCCAUUCAGCCUCAGUCCAUGGAAUCUUGCAAGUUGGAAGAUUACUGUGUCUCCGUUGUUAGGAGAAUCAAGGAAUUUUAUUGUUGGCCUGGAGAUGUAGUCAUGGGUUCUGGCAGCUCUGCUUGGAUUGGGGAGCUUCCAAUAUACCUGAAGAAUGAGAUGGAUUCCGAAGUUUUAGAUCUCAAUUCCAGCUCCACGCCAUCAGAAGGAAUUGAAGAUGAGAUGAAAGCAGCUGGAGAAGAUAUUGCCAGUUAUCAGAUUGUUUUAUCUGGGGAUGGUAAAAUUGCUGGAUUCCAGCCUACAAGUCGUGUUGCUGAAAGUCAAUGGGAAGCAAACCCUUUAGUGAAAGAGCUCUAUGGAACGGAAAAGCUUUCUCCUGACUUGAUAGAACAAGGUCUCAAGAGAAGCCGCGGCAGUGAUGCUGUUGUACUGGAAUUAUUGAUGUCAACAAAUCCCCAAAGUUCAUUUGCUUUGGUUAGACCAGUUACUGAAAAUAGUAGAUGAACAUUUUUGCUCCGCCACAUUCAAUAUUUGUACAACUAGGUACAGUGCUGGACUAGACUUUUUCCAGGUAUAAAGGAUCAAGGAAGAUUUACAUUUCUUUUUCA